AGUCAAGCUUCUUCCUUUCGUCCCUGAGGCAGUGAAGGCCGAAGCCAGUGAACUGUGAAGAUUGAAGAAUUUGGAAGAAGCACUACAGUACUGGAAAUCCUGGGAUGCACUGUAUUUCACCUCGAUUCGGUGCGCUGGAAUCGAGAACCGCUAAAAGCCCCAACAAUUCCCCAGCAGCAGCAGCAUGGUCUUGACUCGGGCGGCAGCGGCCCGUCUGGCGGCUGUAGCGAGCGACCCCGCCGCCGAGGAUUCGCUCAAUGCAGAGCAACAAACACCAUCGAGCAGCUUGGCCAAAGGGCGUCGCACCAAGCGCGCUGGGACAGCGACAAAACAGCAAGAAGGUGCGGCGCGCACGAGCGAGUUGCAGGAUGGGCCGGAGCAGGUGGACCCCCUGGAAAAAGAGAUGAGGAGGUUUGAAGCGGAGUUGGAAGCGCUAAGUUGCUGCGGAGAUGAGGAUGAGGAGGUGGAGUCGAUGGGCAUGCCGGAAAGCGCUGCACAUUGUAAGAAGGAGAGCGGCGCCGCAAUUGCAGGGGUCAAAAGGUUGCAGGACAAACAAUUGAAGCAAAGCGCAGAGGUUAGCAACAACAGUAGCAAUCAGGUCCACGUGAAGGCCGAAAGCAGGAUCAUGUCCAAGGAACGGACAAGUCAAGCAGAGGGCAAUGCUGGGGCCGUGCUUUCGGCAGGGCCUCAAUUGUAUGACAAGCAGAGUGAGGACUCAGUUAAGGAAGCCUCAUUCCCAGGCCCCGAAGGUGUCAUGGCAAAGGAGCAAGAGCAAAAUGCGGGCGAUGCUGAUGCGAAACCUGCUCAGACAUCGCUUGUACCAACCACCAGGUUGGUCCUCAGCAGGAAAGAGAGGGCGGUGCGCGCCAGGGUCCUGAAAGAAGCCCUGGUGAACGUGGAUGAGAAGCAACGCAAGUGGCAGGAUUUCGCAGCAGUGAAACAGCUCCAAAAGUCGGGGCAGGAGAGAACUGCCGCGGAUGCGACCUUCGAGCAGUUGAGUGAACAGAGUAGUUCCAGCGGGGAGGGCUGGGUUUUUGGGAAGAAGGUCGCGUUCUCGUUCAAGCCCAAGAGCAGCAGCCCCGCCAAGAAGGGCUCCAAAUCCCUGGUGAAAAGCCCCACAAAACUCCCCUCGCAUUCGAAACCCCCUCAAGACGCAGCACCAGCGUCCGUCGACACGCCUUCAGCCCAAGAAGGAAGCGGGGAAACUCCUUCUCAAGCCGUGGAGCAAACCCCGCUCCCCGCCCCACGGCCCACCCUUGCACUAACCACCCCUGCCGUAGAAGCCCAGGCCCGGAGCGGCAAUCCGGUUCUCGACCUCCGGUUCCUGUUUCCCAAGGCAACCCCUCCAGAGCCAAGCACCCCCCACUCCAGCGGCGACACAGCAACCAACCCCAUCAACAUCUCCCCUGGAGAAAGAAGCUCGGGCGACUCAGGGGACGCGUUUUCUCUGAGCGCACAGGGUGAGGGGGAGAGUUCUGAGUCUGGGGGAGCAGCGAUGAGCAGCGAGGACGCGUUCGCUACGGAGGUAUGUGCCACCCCUGCCCCUGCUUUGGGGGGUUUUGCAAGCCCCUUUUCUGUCGAGUCCGCCUCCCCCGCCCUGAAAGAGAUUCUCCGUACCGCCCACUCGUUUGCUACCGAGCGGGGCGCUGCGAGCCCGUCCCCAAGCCCCCUUAACCCGAAUCCAAACCGAGACCCUAACCCUAACCCGGGAGCUGGCCAGCAGAGAGGGCGGAGGGAGUCAUACUCGGACGUGUUUGCCUCGCCAGAGUUGGUUAACAUCUUCAAGGGCGCGCGUCAGACGGUCGUGCAAAAAUCGGGGCCCGAGAGAGCGCAGACGGAGCUGGAAAAGAUAACCCAGGCGGCGAGAGAGUAUGCGGCGAGCCGGGCGCAGCUGGCCGUAGAAAAGAGCCCGCUCGGGGUGCGCUGCCAGAGAGAGAGCGAGCUUGCGCUGUCGUUUGCGGAGAAGUUACAGCUGGCAGAUCCGACGGCUGAGCCUACAAGCUGGGGUGGGUACUCCCAAGGGGAAUGGGGAGAAAGCGGGGUUUCUGUGGAGCAGUCGGCCGCAAAUGUGGCAUUGGACGGUUCUGACGGCAGCUGGAACCAGUCUGUGCGCUUGUUUGACGGGCAGACUGUCAAGGUGUCCCCCUUUCCCGCAUCGAACCAGGCUGCGCCACCUGUCGGGCAGGUUGCGGAGCCGUCACCCGAAAACCUAGUGUUCGAUGUUUCGCACGAACGUGGAACCAAGGCGGUGCGCUCCUUUGAUGGGCGGACAGUGGAGGUGCACUCCGGGUCUGCAUUUGCCAACCAUGUGCCGCCACCUGUUGGGCAUGUUUCGGACGGUCCGAAGGAGCGGGCGGGCACUUUGUACGUAGUGGUGGACACCAACUGCUACCUGUCCGCGUCCGACAUGCCAGCUGUCAGGCGCAUUUACGAGGCGGCGCAGAGCGUGGCGGACGGCGCGCAAUGCUAUGAGUGGCACGGCGCAGAGGGGGUGGUCAUUGUGGUUCCGAAUGCUGUAAUCAGGGAACUUGACGGUCUGAAGCUGAACCCGAACACGUCGGGGAUGGCGCGGGCGGCGCUCCGUUUCCUGAGCCACGGCUGCAAGGCGCGGCCUUCCAGCAUCAAACUGGCCGGGCCGGAGAAAAUGGUCCAGGUGGAGCCCAUCAAGAACGGCCCCCCCGAGUUUAGCGGCGCGGACGACGCCAUCCUGGGGUGCUGCCUGUACAUGGACCGGAACGAGGGGGAGGCGGUGCUACUCACCAACGACGUCGCGCUGCAGCUCAAGGCCAUGAUGUACGGGCUCGAGGCGACGUCCGCGGCCGAGUUCCUGGCGCAACGGCUUGUACGGCUGGACCAACCCACCAGCAACUGGGCGACGCAGAUGCGGCAGGUCGUAGCGAUGAGAGAGGCGGCGGCUAGGAAGUUGCCACACGGUCAAGGAAUACCUGCAUGUUGACGACUCGAAGGGCCGGUUUGAGAUAAUAGGAGCUGGCUUUGUCGUGCGAGAACGGGGUUGAGGAGAUCAUUGGGCAAAACAGCAUACGAUUAGGGCGUUAGGGUGCUGGUCAAAAGAGUCGGCCCUAAUACUGAGUCCCAGACUUGGCGUUAGUGGGACAGAGGAAAAGUCAUGAGAUGAGAGACCCCGAAGCCAGGAGUUUUGUGUCAAGUGCCCGUCGACUGGUUCGAAAGGGGACUGCAAACGCAUGUCGCGCAUGGCCCGGGGCCCUGUAAUUGUCAGUCCGCAGUCGAUUUGCUUCUUCAACCUAUGUGCCAGGGUUCAUAUCCGCAUG